GACUUUGGGGUCGACAAAUCCACACGUUUGCGGAGGAAGAUAUCUGGAAGUCAACGUUUGUAUUCUUUUCUCCUAUUUGGGAUAACUCUACAUUGGUCGGAUAAAGGAAACUAGCGAGUAUGAAUUCCACAGUUGAAGCUUUGGCCUUCCUCCUGGGGUUUCUGGCCUGGCUGAUGGUUGGGAUCGCAAUUCCAAACCGAUACUGGAAGGUUUCUUCAGUGGAUGGUAAUGUUAUCACUACAUCAACCAUCUAUGAAAACCUAUGGAUGUCCUGUGCAACUGACUCUACGGGAGUUCACAACUGCAGGGAUUUUCCAUCUUUGCUCGCACUAAAUGGGUACAUCCAGGCCUCCCGGGCGCUCAUGAUCACUGCCAUCGUGUUCGGGACAUUUGGCCUCGUGGCCACUCUCGUAGGAAUGAAGUGCUCAAGGAUAGGAGGAGAAAACUACGUCCUGAAGGGGAGGAUCGCAGCCAUUGGAGGAGUCUUCUUUUUAUUACAGGGGAUUUGCACCAUGAUUGCCAUUUCUUGGUACGCAGCCAACAUCACGCAGCAGUUCUUUGAUCAGUUUUAUCCAGGGACAAAGUAUGAGAUUGGAGAGGGCCUGUAUAUCGGCUGGUCUUCAGGCACACUUGCCAUUUGUGGAGGAGCAUGCCUGUUGUGUGCUUGCAAAGUCAACGAUCCCAACGAGAAAAUACAAUAUCCAUACCAACCAUCCUCCAGAGGACACGUGCUGUCGGCUGGGGCGGUGACUCAGUCUGCCCCCAGCAACUAUGGAAGAAAUGCUUAUGUCUAAGAGUUGACUUGACCAAUUCACCAGACCAUGACAGUGGAAAACACUUUUGAUAAGACUGUAAAAGGUUAGUUGAAAGCAAUAAUAUGAAGUUUAAAUGAAAAAAUAUUAGAUGCAACUUAAUAUUAUUCCUUUCAACUAACCUAAUACAGUUGUGUGAAAUGCGUUGAUGUAAUUCAAGUCAACAUUUAAGUCUUGUCAGUGAUCAUAAUCAAUGUUUAGGAGUUGAAGAUGUUUUAUUGAUUUGAUUUUUUUUUAUGCAAACCUUUUAAAGCUACAUUUUGCUUUACCUGAAUUGUACUAUCCAGCUUUGUUAUAAUGAUUGCAUGGAUCAAUUGGUCAUAUGCUGAUAAAUAUACCAUGACGAAUCUGAUUGUCUGACAUUAAGACAUGUAUACUAUGUCAUUUUACUCAGGUUUACAGAUUCUAUUGUUUUCAAUUUCUUUUUUAUCACUUUUUAGUAGGACUAUGGAUAAAUUCAAGUUAGAUAUAUGUAAUCAAUGGACCACCUUUAACUGUUUUACAAUUGUGUAGUCAGUUAGUGUAUAAAGAAUGAUCCUUUGUAAUGUAUCCUCAAAUCUGUGUCAGGUUUUCUGGUCAAUCAUUUGUCUCUAAAAACACAGAGCUCAAAAAGCUCUCCUCUCAGGUCAACUCUGGUGGGUGUUUC